CUGGGGAAAGAAAACACAGCAAGAGGACCAGACAAAAGUGCCAAACAGACAAGACGUUUCAUGGGCUUGAAGCUUCUUUCCAUUUGGAAUUAUAUCUGCGUUUGAAUCCAACACCAUGUAUCUCGUCCUGCUGUUGCUCUGUGCAGGUCUUUCCCUGUCUACCUGCGACAUCACUGUUCUGCUAAACUCCGGCGUUCUCCUUUCUUGUCUUCCUGAUGAUGCCCCUGUGCUGGCAGACCCCACAUACACCUGGAGCUUCACGUCUGCUCACACACAGCAGCAGCACACACUUAAGGAGAAAGGAAAACUCCUGAACCUCAGAAACAUAAAUACGACCCACGAAGGCCAGUACAAGUGUGUUCAGGAUGGCUAUAAAGCAGAGGAUCGUAUGAGGUUGAGCAGAACAUUCACAAUACGUGUGGAAGUGCCCCCACGCUUUCAGGAAUGGCAGGUUGUCAAAGAAGUAGCUGGGAAUGAUGUGACGCUUCCAUGCAAGGUUGCCACGUUUUUCUCUUCCGGAGAGACAGAAACCCCUCCUGUUGUCUGGAAACGAGGGACCGAAAAUGGUGCGAGGCUUCUCAAGCUCGACAAAGACACGGAUGACCAAGAGGAGGAGGACAAGACACCUCACAGGAUUUUCUGGAACAUCAGCCCUGAAGAAAAGGACUGGGCAAUUAAAAUUAGUCAGACCAGAGAGGAAGACGCUGGGAUGUACCACUGUGUCAUAAAUAAUACAUCUCAGAUGCUGUCAGUGGAGCUGGAAGUGGCAGCCCUCCCUCUGCCCCGCUGCUAUGGCCACACUGGCCCAUUGGAGGACUGUGAGGACCAGGACAGCAGAUCAGGGAAGGCAAUUCUGCAGGAUUCACUCAGAGACUUCUCCGCCUCUGUAUACGCCGAACUUAAAGGCUCAAAACCCCAAACCAACUUGAUCUUCUCUCCAACCAGCAUUGCUGUAGCUCUUUACAACCUGCUAUUGGGUGCUCGAGGUGAGACCAGAACACAGCUGGAAGGUGCUCUUAGGAUUCCUGUAGAAUUCUCCUGUGUGCAUUCUGAGACAAAGAAACUGAAACAAGUGAUAAAGGACACACUGAAAAUGGCCUCUGCUAUCUUUUAUUCCCCAGAGCGACAGUUGGGAGAAGCUUUUGUCAACCAAUCAAAUGAGUUCUAUGAUGCCAUGCCAGAGAAGCUGACCAAUGACAGCAAUCAAAACGUGAUUCUCAUCAAUCAAUGGGUGGCAAAGAAGACAAACAAUAAAAUCACCGAGUUAAUUGAUUAUGUGGAUCCCACCACCUCGUUUAUUUUGUUAAAUGCUGUCUACUUUAAUGGUAAAUGGAAGACCGUUUUUGAAUCAACAAAUAAACGGGAAAACUUCAUGAAGUUUUCAGGUGAGGUCAUUGAAGUGCAGACUCUCUACAGCUCCAAGUAUAACCUUCAAAUGGGCUACAACAAAAAAUUACAGGCUGAGGUCGGAAAGUUCCCUCUUACGGGUAAAAACAGCCUGUACAUACUGAUCCCGCGCACAACGUCAGAAGAAUCCUUUGUAUUGAUGGAGAAUAAUAUAAACAAAGAUUCUAUUCUAUCAAUGGUAUCUGAGAUGAAUAAAAUCCCAGCCCAAACCGCUGAGGUCAUACUGCCUAAAAUUAAACUGACAGUGGACACACAACUGGAGGACUUGCUGAGGAAUCUGGGUUUGUCAGAUCUCUUCCUAAAUCCUAACUUGUGUGGAAUAUUUCCGGAUGAAUCUGAAUCAUUGCUCUCAGAUGCCCGUCACAGCGCCUUUCUCUCGCUGACAGAGAAGGGAGUGGAGGCCGCCGCAGUCACAAGCAUCUCUUUUUCUCGCUCUUUCUCUUCUUUUGCAGCUCUACAGCCCUUCGUUCUGAUACUGUGGAGCGAUGAGGCUGGCGCUCCUCUUUUCAUGGGAAGAAUAAUUAAUCCAAUUAAUCCAUAAAAAGACAACACAACAGUGUCACGCCACAAAAAAAUAAUCAAACUUUCUUUUAUCCCAAACAAAUGCAUUUAUGUAACAAUAUCAUGUUAUGCAUAGAGUUAGAAUGCAUGCAGAAUCUCGGUCAUUAAAGAUGUACUUUACAUCA